UCUUAUCAGUGUGAAUACGAUUACUCUCCUCUUACACUGUAUUUUACUAAACUAGACAAUGUUUAGACUAUACUGUCUCACUAUUAGAGACCUAAAUAAAGUUUAGACUUCAUGCUGAAUGUGAUGCUGUGUGUGUUGUAACUCUGAACACUUCAGUACAGUGUGCUGUAAACUGCAGAGGCUAAAGCGUGACCCCUGACCGAGGGCGGGACGAGGAGGAGGAGGACGAGGAGGACGAGGAGGAGGACAUCUCUCCAUCGCUUUUAAAUUUUUGUCCCCCUAAACACACUGAAGCUCUUAAACCACACACACACACACACACACCAUGGAGAAAGCUGUGAUGACAGAAGAUCAGAGAGCGGAUCUGCGGAUUGUCCUUGUAGGAAAAACCGGCGUGGGAAAAAGUGCAACAGGAAACACCAUCCUCAACAAAGAGGUUUUCCACAAAGAGGCCAGUUCCCUGUCGGUGACGAAGGCCUGUAAGAUGGCCACCACCACACUUCAUGGCUGCAACCUGGUGGUGGUGGACACUCCAGGAUGGUGUGACACAGAUCUCUCCGAGGCCGAAAUCGUCCAGGAAACAAUCCAGUGCAUUGACAUGUCCUACCCUGGACCUCACGUGUUCCUGCUGGUGGUGCCAAUCGGUCGCUUCACCGAGGAGGAAUCCAAAGCUGUCCAAAUGAUCCAGGAGGUGUUUGGAGAAGGAGCCACCAGAUACAUGAUGAUCGUGUUUACGAGAGGAGACGAUCUGGAGGACAAAGGCAUUGACGACUACUUGGCCAACGCCAAGGCCGAGCUCAAGAACCUGGUGGACAAGUGCGGGAGAAGAUACCACGUGCUCACCAACAGGGAGCAGAACAACCGCAACCAAGUGCACAUGCUUCUGAUGAAGAUCCAAGACAUGGUGCAAGGGAACGGAGGAAACUGCUACACCAACACCACGUACCAGCUGCUGGACACCUACAAGAGGAAAGAAGCUGAGAUCCAGAAGCAAAUCAGGAGCGCGGAGAGAGAGAUGCAAAUGAAAGAGGCUGAGUUUCGGUGGAAGAUGGUCCUCAUGCAGCAGGAGCAACAGCAGCAGAAGAUGCGAGAGUCUGAGCUGAAGGGCCAGCUGCUGGAGAGCGAGAUCAAAUGGGCUCGCGAGGAGGCCACGCUAGCAACUGCUUUGGAAAACCUAAAAAUGGAGCUGGCACAGGAAGAAGACAGGAGAAGGUCCGCAGAAGAAGAGCAGCAGAUGUUAGAAAGCGCCCAAGCGAAAAUGUUAGCAGAGGAACAGCAGAAACGUGAGCUGGAGUACGCAGAACACCAGAAGAAGAUGCAGACGGAGGAGGAGAAGCAGCAGGCGGAGUGGAAGAAGCAUCGGCUUCAGAUGGAGGAAGAGGAGCUGAAGAGGCAGAUCACUGAGUCGCAGCACAAACAGUGCAUGGAGGAGGAGAGGAACAACCUGGAGCAGGAGCGACUCCACAUGCUGAGAGAGUACACGGAGAAGAUGAACGAGCUGCACAAGCAGGAACAGCAGACCAAAGAGGAGAAAGAAGAAUGGCUGAGGAGGAACAUCAAGAGAACGUCCUGCUGCAGCAUCGCUUAAAUCACAAUUACAGUUUAAAAAAAGCUUCAUUUUAGCUGUAAAGUCUGUAGAACAGGAUCAUAAAUCAUUUCAGCCUCAGCACAAGUGUGUCACUGUUAGGAGCCUCUGCUUGUGUAAGACGAGUUAUUAUAUUAUAUAUUAUAUUAUAAAUAUAUAUAUUAUAUAUAUAUAUUAUAUUAAAGUUAUAUAUAUUAUAACUUUAAACAAAGUAAUGAAUAAACUCAGCUGAGGUUGCUUUCUGAUUGGUUGAGGAUGUUCAGCAGCAUCAUUACACAAAAUCCGAGCCGAACUUUUCAAGAGAGCGAAACACACCUGCAGGACAGGAGAAGAAAUCUUUCUCACGGAUUAAAUUCCCAAGUUCUCGACUUAGAUUUCACUCCGGUAACUUUUACAGGAAAGAAACAUCAUGGGAUUUACCCGAGAAAAGGGUGAUGAUCAUUUCCACACAUAAAGUCAGUAAAUUUAACUAAGCAUAUUUUAAUUAAGGUUUCCAUGGCACCCAGGAUCAUUUUACUCAAGUUAAAGAGUCACUAACACACAAAGUAAACAGGACAAACUUCUGCUCCUUUAAGUAAACUACUGACUUCAUUCAUUUCAACCGAACGUCUGCACUCACAAAUCAAUGACAAAAACACUGACGUAAGGGAGAGCUACAGUAAAUCCAAAUAACAAUAAUAAUAAAUUAUCAAUAUAUCUCCUUACUUUCGUUUAAAAUUCAAUUCAGAGUGCUUUAAAUUAAAAAAAAAAUGCAAUGUUAUCAAAGAGUAAAAAUUAAAUAAAUAAUCCUGAUUAUUUGAGCUGUUAGUGAUCUAUUCCUUCAUUUCUAAAAUGAUCAAACCGUCAGGUCCAGUUCUACUUUAUAUUCUCCACGUCCAAUUUCUGUUCCAAACACAGAACACAGCGUAAAUUACAGUUUAUUUAAGGUCUAAAACGAUGCAGUAAACAGCUGGAGCUUUGAGUUAAAGGGUUUAAAUUUCCACUAAAACACGUUUAAUGAAGUGAAAAUGGAAGUGAAAAGAUCUUGAGGUGUGUAAAGAUUUAGUUUUGAUUCAUUUCUGCUUCUUCAUUCUGCUGUCCUUAUUACACUCCUGUACGGAACACACACACACACACACACACUCACACACACUCACACACACACACACACACACACACACCCUCGGCUUUCACUUUAAUAACAUCACCACAUUUCUCAUUUCCACUUCUCCACAUCUGGAAGUGAGAACUUUAAAUUCUAGACUUCUUCAAACCUGCACAAAAAUCUCUGUAAUGUUCAUCUGUCUCUGUGUCUGUGUGUGUGUGUGUGUGUGUGUGUGUGUGUGUGUGUGUGUGUGUGUGUGUGUGUGUGUGUGUGUGUGUGUGUGUGUUCGGGACACAUGAGGGUGACUUCUACACUUUUAUGUUUAACUUUAUUACUGUUUCUAUAAAUUAAAAGUAAUCCACAAUUAAUAUCAGUAUUUGUAACUGUUCUGAGAUAAGCUGUGACUCUAAAUUCAGUUUGAUUCGUACUUUAAAAGGCUGCAUGUGAUUUUACAGGAUCAUGUGACUCUUCACCGAGAACCCGACAGGAACCCUGGAGCUAGUUUUAGGGGAGAAAAAAAACAAAACACGUCCAUCUAGCACUCUAAAGGGUUCUCCGGUUCGUCACUCUCAGGAACCCUUUAAAAAGUUCUCUUUAGAACCCUGAGAAGAGUUCCAAAGAGAACCUCUACAGAAAGGGAGGAACUCUCUGAGGAACCCAGCACACAGGUAAAGGUACCUUCAUUGUCUCUACAGAGGAACUCCAAAAGCAUACACCUUUUACCUGCUAAUGGGAACAUAACGCACCUUUAAGGAACACAACUGCACCUGAAGGACGUGUGUGUGUGUCUGUAGUUAUACUUUAACGGUGCAUUAAACGCACCUGUCCAGGUAAAAGACACACAGUACAGGUGCAGAAGGUGCACACUGAGGGUACAGUGCAGUUCAAUACCCUUUGUUUCGGAGUGUACUUGUACACCUGCUGUGUUUAUAUCGCACUCCUGCGCAGAAAUGAUCUCUAACGCAUGAGCUCUCCUUCCUUUACACAGAAAUAAAGCUAAAUAAAUAAACAAAUAAACAAAUAAACCCACGUCCCACACAAAUGAGCUGGGAUCAUAUUUAAAAAGAAACUUUUUAAAGACUGUAUGAAAAGAACUAUCAUCAAAUCAUGAAUAAAUCUCACAAAUGAGGUCAAACCAACCAAAGAAAGUGCGUGUGUGUGUGUGUGUGUUCUAGUUAAACAGUAAAAUAACUGACUUGAACUGAACAUUUCCAUGUUAUAAAGAGAAGUGAUAAACUAAGGAGAAAAUAAAUUAAAGUACACAAACUACACUUUUCCAGAAUUUUCCCAGAGAGUUGUAUUUCAAGUCCACACUGAGUGAAACACUCAAAGACUUUUCUAUAAAAACUGAUUUUUGAGACAUGCAGCAACAAGACAAGAUUUUUCUCCCAAUUUUAUUGUUUUAUUAAAAAAAAAAAAAAAAAACAAACAAACGCAGAAAAAAUUGAAUGUACUUCUAAUGGACACAAUUUUAGCCAGCUGUAGCCCAGAGCAGUGAUGAACACACACUGAACCUCAACACACUCGGACACUGUUCUUCGUUUACGCUCGUAAUAACACUACAGAUAUUAAACCUAAAGGAGACGUCAGGCCCAGUUUAGUUCUUUACGUUUCUCUAACACUGAUUCUCGGAGCUCAGGAGGGGAGAAACACCUCGUUUCUCAGACGUACACGAAGCGGAGUUAAACCGCGACACGUCCGCGCCGUAAACGGCUCAGCGUUAGACUUUAUUUCACAGACGAUUCGGGUCAGAACGCAGCUCGGUGUUCGCGUGCCCGCGGGAGGCGCUGGGAGAGUCGAGGCUCGUUUUCUAACAGCGAAACGACUAAAACGCGACCAGUCUGAAAUCCGCACCUUCGGGUUUUUCCCCCUCACACAAAACAAAGUGAGUUUUAAAAACCGACUGUGGAACUUCAGCGCAAAAUAAAACCAGAGAGUGAACCGUUAGAGCGCCCCCUAGUGACCACACGGACACACUGCAGAGUGAGAACAGGACGCGAGCACAGCUUCACAUUCAGCCAAUCACAGAGCCCGGCUCAGGCUCCGAACUGCAGCCUGGAUUCAUGACGUGCCACUUGUUUAAACACAGAAGAUGGAGGAUUAGUAAAUGGAAUUUCAAAAAUACACCAAUGAUCGACUUGCAUUUGCCCUCAAACACGCAGACACACGCUGAUGGAGAGGAGCAACCAAACCGUCACAGGAGGCUCUUCAUCUUACCCAACUAAAUACUAGAAAUCAAAACGGGACAGGUGCGUUGCCGUGACAACAGGAUCCAUGACUGCACAACAGGUUAAAGUGGCUGAACAUGAACACUAUGUACAGGCGAGAGGGAGCCAGCGCAUCUGUGUGUGUGUGUGUGUGUGUGUGUGU